CAGUAACUGCAUCUCUUUACAAUUACGUGGUUUAUACAUAGAUAUGUUAUAACUACAUAAUUAAACAUAUAUAAGUAAAGUGUCAUUGGGCUCAGUAUUAGUUUACCUGAGAGAGAAAGUGAAAGUAUAAAAACAGAAAAAUUCAUGUACGGGUUGAUUUGAAUAAAACCGGUUUAACAGGUUCAGGGAGUGUCUACUUUUUACAUGUUGCUACUACUAAUAAUAAUUCAACCUCAAAUCAGAGUUUCUUACAUUUAUGUUGAAUUUUAUUUAAUUGUAGGCAGUAUGAACCCAAUAUAUUUCAUGUUUUAUCUGCUCAACUGCAUUUCUUUACCAGCCUUAUGUUAUGCUGCCUCCAUCCUCAAAGACUCUACCCACCCCCAGCAUGGACUUUUCACACUUCUGCCUUCAGGCCGGAGGUACAGAGGUGUGAAAUGCAAAACCACCAAGAACCGGUUCUUCCCCACUGCUACCAGACUCUUGAACCUCCCUGAGAAAUAACUGUCUAAACUUUACUCUACACGUUUACAUGUCAAGGACAUUUACGAAGGCACUUUACUGCAAUCAUUUUAUAAUUGCACUACUGAACUUUUUGCACUUUUUUCAUAUUCCAUACUUGUUUCUUACUCUGCACAUGACAAUAAACUCUUUGAAUCUUGAGUCUUGAAUAUUGAAAAUGUCCACCAGAAGCUCUGCCCAGUUCUCUACUACAAUACACAGUUACUGUAUUCACUAAUACCACUUUACUACAACUUUACUACUGUACACAACACAAGCCUUAUGUUCACCAUGACCAGAAGAAGCUCCGCCCACUUCUCUACAAUACAAUACAGAGUUACUAUACUCACUAAUACCACUUACAACUUUACUACUGUACACAACACAAGCCUUAUUAUGUUCACCAUGUCCAGAAGCUCCGCCCACUUCUACUUCUACUACAACACAGAGUUACUAUAUUCACUAAUACCACUUUACUACAACUUUACUACUGUACACAACACAAGCCUUAUUAUGUUCACCAUGUCCAGAAGCUCCGCCCACUUCUCUACAAUACAGAGUUACUAUAUUCACUAAUACCACUUACAACUUUACUACUGUACACAACUCAAGCCUUAUGUUCACUAUGUCCUUUUUCAGAUUUGGGGUUGUGAAAAGUGUCUUACGACGUGAUCUGAUUAACCCUUUCCAGACACAAUGGACAAUCAAAUUGAUGACAUUAUGGAUCUGUGCUGUGAGCUGUCGAAGAUUAAAGAGAUGAAAGCAGCAGUGAAGAAUUCUGGGAAAGGAGCGGUGGUGGCUGGGGGCGGAGCCUUUGUGGGCGGGCUGUUAGCUGGACCUGUGGGGAUCGCUGCUGGUGGUGCAGUGGGAGGCCUGCUGGGAAUGUGGAUGACCAGCGGUCAGUUUAAACCUGUUCCUGAGAUCAUCAUGAAGCUUUCUCCUCAGCAGCAGCAGAAACUCUACUCCGACAUCAUGGCGAUUCUGAAAACGCUGAACUGUACGGACGUGGCCCAGCUGGUGGCGCUGGUAAAGGGCAACGCGGACAUACAGCAGCAGGUUAUAGGUGCCAUCCAAGGAUACAUCACCAAGGAGCUGAGAGCCGAGGUUCAGUAUGGAGACUGACCUCCAGGAGGAGACAAAUCACCAGGGGAAACUAGUGGAUUAAAACAGCGGAUUUUUUAAAUUAACUUUUUCAGACCCUGCAUCCAUUACAAUGAACAUAUAUUUGUUUAAAUGUUUUGUUGCACAUAAAAGUGAUUAAGACAUACUGUUCAUCUGAAUAGACCAUAAACCAGCCAAUAAAAAAGCUUAAAACCAGUUAAACAGUGCAUUAAAACAAACAAACAAACAAACAAACAAACAAACAAAAAAACAACACAGCACAAGAGCUAAAGAAAGGCAAAGAAAGAACUAAAUGUUUUACUAAUUUUAUGUAAUUUAGAACACUUUUUAUCAUGAUUAGGGAUGUUGUUUUUAAAUAAAAAGGUAUAUCAUUAUCAAAUAUAUAUAAAAAAAAUAUUUAGCAUAGGCCUCCAAAGUAAUGGACAUUAAAAAAAAGCAUUUCAAUAUUUUUUUUUAUACAUUCAGUUUAUAUUAGGAUGUUAUGAGUCUUCUUUUGUGUUUUAGCACAGAAAAGCAGAAAAUACCAUUUUUAUAUAUGUUUUAAAUAUUUUUAUGUAUAUUUUUUAUCACUGGAUCAGGUAUAAUUCAGGUCUGAAAGAGUUUUUUUAUUGUUUAAAGACUGCAGGCUGGGGUCAUAUUUAAAACACAAAAGUAAAUUAAAGUUAUAGUUUGGGGAAAAAGAAUAAAAAUAUAAAUGGUACAUCUUGAAAUAUAUAAAUCAGGGGUGUCCAAAUUUUUUUUGUUGGGGGCCAGAAGGAGAAAUAUAGUUGAAGUCACGGGCCACAGACUCUGUAAUAAAAUAAAUAAUGAAAUAUACCACUUUAAAUUACGUAUACUUUUCUCCUAAUUAUUUUUAUGUACACACCAUUUUACUUGACUAACUAUUUUAUCUAUCUUUGACAGUGUUGUGUAAACUAAGAUUUUUCAAAUUGGUCUUUCAUUUCAUGAUGUCUCUUAAUAUUAAACUCCUUAAUUACGGCAACUUUUAGACUCUUUUGCCGUUUUUCUGCGGGACAACUGAACACCCUCUCUGCUUUUAGACUCUUUGGCCCGUUUCUGACACCUAGCGUUCAAAUAUUGAAUCUAACAUUAUAAAAACCUGCUUAACAGCGGGCCAACUUUCAUUCUAUUUCUAAAAUAAUACCGCUCCAAAAAAGGAAACGGGCCGCAAAUAGCCCGCGGGCAGUAGUUUGGACACCCCUGAUACAAAUAUUUAUAAACCCACUUUCAUUCUCUCUGAAAAGUGAUAAAAUGACGUUAAUACUAUAAAUAGUAGUCUAUAUGUAUAUUUCAAUAUUUUUUUUUUAACACUUUGCCCUUGUAUGUCGAGUAUUUGUCCAAGUUUGACAUCUCUGAUUUAAAGAACUAUGUGCAGGACUCUCCAUUGGAGAAACAAAGAAAAAAAAUACAUAGCAAAUAAACACAUUUAAACAGUA